AUGGCGGUAGAGGCCGGCAGAGUGGACUGGCGCUCGAUGCCUAAGAGCUUCCAAGGGACGACCGCUUGGUACAUAUGCGUCGUCGCGAUUGUUGCCUAUGGAAUUUACCGCAUCCUUCAAAUCGGGCGAAGAGACAAACGCAUGCCUCCAGGGCCUCCUACACUACCCUUGUUGGGAAACCUUCACCAGAUACCCAUCACUGGGAUGUACAAAAGAUUCAAGGAAUGGGGCGAGGAGUUCGGCGGAAUCUAUUCCCUCAAGUUCGCUUCCUCCAAUGUCAUCGUCCUCUAUGACCGCAAGGCAGUUCAUGAUCUGGUAGACAAAAAGGGGUUGCUCUACGCAGAGAGACCUCACAGCUUCGUGAAUGAUCUGGUUACCCACGGAGACAGCCUUGUGUUCCAAGACCACCAUGAAAGACAGAAAGCCAAACGCAAGAUUGCCACCCACAAUUUCUCUCCAAAAGUACUGGACGAGAGAGUUGCCCCUGUCCAAGAUGCCGAGGUGACAGUCUUGUUGAAUGAUCUCAUCCAGAAGCCCGAGGACUUCUAUAACCACAUGAAACGCCUGACCUCGUCCAUCGCUUGCAUUCUGGUAUUCGGUCACCGAGCCCUGUCGUAUGAGGACUUCUGGGGUCAUUGUGUUUACGAUGCAUUGGACAAGUUCGGAGAAGCCCUGGAGCCUGGAGCAAAUCCGCCAGUGGACGAGUUCCCCGUGCUCAAGUAUCUGCCCGAGUUCCUGUGUCCCUGGAAAACCCGAGCCAAAUACGCCGGGACUGUGAUGCACAAUAUCUGGAGCGAGGCGCGUAGAAGAGUCGACGAACGAAGGAAACGGGGAGACAUUCGGACCUCUCUUGGUUCCCUCGCCGACAAGCUCUUGGAUGAGUACACAGAAAAGGGCUCCCCCUUGAGCAAGCAAGAGCUUGACCACUUUUUCGGCUUGCUUGUCGAGGGUGGCGCUGAAACGACUUCUUCCACGAUGCUGACUCUUGUUCUCUGCCUCGCUAUGAACCCUCACGUCCAGGCUAAAGCUCAGAGGGAGCUGGACGCCGUGUGUGGUACAGAACGGAUGCCCCAGUGGUCAGAUUUCAAUCGUCUUCCCUACAUAAACUGCAUCAUCAAGGAAGGCAUGAGAUGGCGUCCUGCGGCGCCUGUCGGCAUCCCCCACCGCGUGGCCGAAGAUGACUACUACGAAGGAAUGUUGAUUCCCAAAGACUCGACUAUAUUCAUUCCUACAUGGGCUCUGCACCAUGCGGAGCGGUUUGGCUAUGACGACCCUUAUAGCUUCAAGCCUGAGAGAUACAUCAACCAUCCGAAGCUCGCCAACGACUAUGCCGGUGGUGCCGACUACGAUAACCGAGAUAAGCAUUCCCUCUUCAUCCUAACAAAACUGCUCUGGGCUUUUGAUAUCCUUCCCGGUUUAGACCCGGCCACGGGGAAACCGGUCAAGUUGGACCCCGACAACUAUAUUGAAGGUCUACUGCAUGGUCCAGCUCCGUUCAACGACAAGAGAGACAUCUCGGUAUCUCUCGGUCUCACCAUGGUCAAACUAACACUCUUCAAUAAGCUCAUCGUGGCCUUUGUUGCCCUGGGCUCUUAUACCUAUGGGUUUUGUUACGCCAUCUUCGCUACUUCCAUUGGGGUGCCCGGCUUCUACUUGUACUUUGACCUUGAACCCACGAGCUCGUACACGGCCAGCAUCAUAGGAGCCGUCAGCUCCCUAUUUGCCGCAGGUGCCGCCUUUGGCGCCAUUUUCCAAGGAUGGCUCGCCGACUGGGUUGGACGGAAAAACAGCCUGAUUGUCUCCGCCAUCAGCUCCCUGAUCGGUUCAGCAUUGGUCGCCGGCAGUGUGAAUGUUCCCAUGUUGGUGACAUGUCGUUUCCUACAAGGUUUCGGACUGGGGAUGUUGCUCGCGCUGGUUCCCUUGUACAUCUCGGAAGUGGCUCCGCCACAUCGUCGAGGAGCUCUCACGGCCUUCACAGCAGGGGGGUUCGCUGGUGGUUAUUUCACGUCUGCGUGGAUCGGUUAUGCGUGUUACUUUGCAAAGUCCCUGACAGUGCAAUGGAGACUUCCCCUUGCGCUGUGCUGUGUCUCGCCACUCUUCAUGCUUGCAGGCGUCUGGUGGCUUCCAGAGUCACCCCGGUAUCUGAGCUUGAAAAGUCGCACAGACGAGGCAUGGGACGUGAUUCGAAGGAUCCAUCACGAUCCAACCGAUCCCGGCGACACAGCUGCGCGCGCCGAAUACAUCCAGAUUACGAGACAGGUCGAGUUCGACAAGCACACCAAGGCGGGAUAUUUGGACAUGUUUCGACACCCGUCCUGGCGAAAGCGAGCCGUCUUGACAAUCUUCCUUAUAUUCGCCAUGCAGUCGGCCGGUAUUCUCGGCAUCACCAACUACGUGGUUCUCAUUUGCCAAAGCUUGGACCUGUCAGGCUCUAUGCCCCUGCUCAUGUAUGCUGUCUACAUUGUGGUUGCGGCAUCGGCAAAUUGGGCAAAUAGUCUUGCAGUCGACAGGAUGGGUCGGCGAAAAAUGUUUUUGAUCGGGAUCCCUACGACUGGAGCUUGUCUUUUGGCAGAGGCUCUGCUGCAAAGGCAGUACGUCGGGACACAGGACAAGCCGGGGCUCAGUGCCGCAUUGUUCUUCAUCUUCCUCUUCGGGGUAUGCUACGGAUUCUUCUUGGAUCCAACACAGUUUGUGUGGUGCGCCGAGAUCUAUCCCACGACUCUCAGAGCCAAGGGGCUGGGACUCACCUUCUUCACCUACUUUAUCGGCGCCAUCACCUACACCACUCCGGCGGCGACGGCCUUUAAGAACAUCGGAUGGAAAUACUACUUGGUCUGGGUGGCUUGCGACGUCGUGUCUGUGGUGAUUGUCUACUUCUACAUCCCCGAGACCACCGGCCUCUCCCUGGAAGAGGUUGGAGCGAUCUUCGGAGAUACCGUCAUUGUCCACCUGACCAAAGACGGCCAUGGGCUGAUGGAGGCAGACCAAAUGGACAAGGCACCGGCUGAAGAGGUCGAAGAUCUGAAAGGCAAAGUCGACAUGGAGAGCAUUAGCGUGCAGAAAGUAGGCGGCUAG